UUGAGAAUCCAGUGCAUUGCAAGCAAAGUAUUCUCCAAAGAAUAUUCUUAAUUUCUUCUUUGAUUAGUUUUAUAAGAUACUGAUAUCUGACAGAAUAUGUCAUUUAGUAACCGAGGUAGAGGAGGACGUGGUGGACGUGGACGAUCAGGCUUUGAUCGGUCUUCAGAGAAGGGGAAUCCAGGGUCACAUUUUAGAACAGAUCCUGAGGAGAGAACAACCCCCAGAAGUGAUUUAGAUGACCAGACGUUAGGGUAUUAUAGAAGAGUCGCUGAAACUCUUGAGGAAUUUGAAGGAAAUGAAGAAGAAAAAGAUUUGUUUCUGAGCAAUGUAUUCAACCAGAUGGAGACUGAAGCUGGAAAAGUGGCAAAAGACAAAACUGUCAGUCAUAUCGUUGAGAAACUGCUAAAUUGCUGUGGUGAAAGACACUUGGUGUCAUUCAUGGGUGCCUUGGCUGAGCAGUGGACCGAUCUAUGUACCAGUAAAUUUGGUAGCCACAUACUUCAGACUCUUUGUGAAAAUAUCUUCAAGACCUUGUGUGACAAAAAGAAGGAUGCUGAAAAGAAAACGAGGAAAAAUCUUCUGCGUAAUUUCGCUGCAUUGUGCGGUGUGCUUUUGGAGAACUUUGAUGAAUUUGUGAAGAAUAUGUAUGCCAGUCAUAUAGUACGUGUCGCCAUUGAGGUGUCUGGAGGGGUCAAGGUCGACGAUAAGGUGCUUCGGAGUCGAUUCUCAAGAGAUCAAAGAAAGCAACAUCAAGCACAAACUAAGGAUGCUUCACUAUCGAUGUCGUAUCAACCAACGCCAGAACUUCUAGAGAUAUUUGACGCUUUCAAAGACAAGAUAUUAGAAAGGGAGGACAUAAAUGAUCUGGUCUACAGUCAUAUAUCAGGUCCAGUGCUACAGACCUUACUCUUGGUCACUGAGAAACAGAAUCCAAAACUGUGCAAAAAAUGCUGCAAGAAACUCAUCAAAAAGCACGACGUAUUCGCCAAAACUAAAAAAGAACAACUUGCCCCAGGAUAUGAAAUCGACAUUUCAUGUGUUGUUUCACACGAGACCAGUUCCCAUCUGGUGGACCUCCUUAUUCACCUCGUGACAGCAGACGUCUUCAAUGAACUGUUCACAUCCCACUUCAAGGGAAAGCUGUUGGAUUAUUGUCUACAUCACAUUGGAAACUUUGUGAUUCAGAAAAUAUUAGCGAGAGUGAACCAAGAACAGUUUGAAGAGAUAUUUGAUGAAAUGAAAUCACAUAUUGAAGACCUCCUGGCAAGCAACCGUGAAGGAGUCCUGGUCAAGCUGGCAGAGGCGGCAGUGCGACUUGGUACAAAGCAAGAGAAGUUCCUCAAGGUGUUGAUGAAAGCGUUCCACUGCUACAAGCCCCCAGAGAGACAGAGUAAAUGCGUCCACCUGAUUGCCUCCAUGUCCACUUAUGAAAUCUUCUAUAAGUUGCCUCAGAGCGAUGAUGAAAAAGGGUCGGAUAAGGAAGAUAAGAAGGAGCCAGCCAAAAAUACACCAGUACCCUUACUAACAGAGAUCAACUACCAUGGUGCAAUGUUACUUCAGCAGCUCGUACAGUUUGGUAACCCCAAGUUGCUGGUCUUGAGCUUUGUCGAUCUUAAGCCAGUGGAAGUACGGAACAUGGCGGCAGAUCCUAAGGGAAAUCAUGUGAUAGAGGCUUUACUGAAGAGUACCACAAUCGGUGAGAAGACCAGGGAUGUAGUCUAUAAUAAACUAAAGGGCUGGUAUGCUGACCUAGCGUGUGAUAGAAGUGGAAGUCGGACGGUGGACGCCCUAUGGAACCACGCCACCAUCAAACAGAAGACGAUAAUGGCCGAGGACUUGUCCAAGCAUGAGGCCAGGCUGACCGGUGAUAAAUUCGGUAGCUUCGUGCAUCGGAAUUGUGGCCUGCAUCACUUCAUGUAUCGGCGGAAAGACUGGCAGGAGAUGCAGACAGGAGAGAUAAGGAAGAGGAAACUCUUCCAGGAUAUCAUUGGCAAUGACACUGCUCCCAAACCAAAGAAGAGAAAGAAGGUGAAAGUGGAAGACAGUGAGGAAGAAGACUCAAGCCUGCUGAUGAAGGAUGAGGAUUUUGAAAAACCCACUGCCAUGUUUGAGAAAGCUUCAGGAAGUGUUUCUUCCAGUACCAAGGGUAAAGAAAGGACUAAAAAGAAGAAGAAAUCGAAAAAGAGUGAAUAGCCUGGUAUAUUUUUGAACCAAAUGGCUGCUUGAGCCAAGUGCUCAAUGGAAACAGUGAUUCCAGUGGUGUUCGGCCUUUUAUCUCCUGCCUACAUUUGUAAAGAAGUGUCGCAAUUUUGCAGAAUAAAUC